UGAACGUGAGCGACGAGGAGCUGGAGGAGAUGCUGAAGGAGGGGAAAGGGCCCAUUAACUUCACCAUCUUCCUGACGCUCUUUGGGGAGAAACUGAAUGGCACCGACCCUGAGGAGUCCAUCCUCAACGCCUUCAAGCUCUUUGACCCCACCGGCGCUGGGACUGUGAACAAGGAUGNGUUUAAGCAACUCCUUCUGACCCAGGCAGAUAAGUUCUCCCCAGAGGAGGUGGAGCAGAUGUUCGCGGUGACGCCCGUCGAUGUCUCAGGGAACAUUGACUUAAAGUCGCUGUGCUACGUCAUCACCCACGGGGACGAGAAGGACUGA